UUUUCAAAUAUGGCGGUGCUUGGUCCGCACGCAUGCAAUAGCGCGGUUUAUCCGGAGUUCAUGUAGCUGGCAGAGCUAGGCCAAGGCUAACGAAAGCAGUUGGAUUGUCACGUGAUUGUACUUCGGUGACAGCUGUGCGCGUAUGACAGCAGCUUUCGGGUGUCGCGGGACGGGCUAUGCGGCCGUGCGAUGACCGCUACCUUGGCCUGCGAUGUGUCGGAGAAGAAGAAAGCCGACAGCAAGCGUGUCCACUACGCCCCCUUGGCCGGUGGCCAGAACCCCACGGGACGAAAGAGGAGCACAUGCCGUCGAUUCCCAUCUCGAUAUGUGCUCAGCCUGCUACUGUUCUGGGGCUUCUUCCUUCUUUACGCUCUGCGUGUCAACCUAAGCGUGGCCAUUGUGGCCAUGGUCAAUGGCACGGCCGUGCUUGCCGCGGGGACUACCUCCCACGGCGCUGACUGUCCCGCCCCCGAUGGCUCUCUGUACAAUGCCACUGCUGACCCAGAAACGGCUGGAGGAGAGUUCAACUGGGAUGAACGAACGCAAGGUGUCGUUCUGGGUUCCUUCUUCUAUGGCUAUGUGCUGACCCAAAUUCCCGGUGGUCGGCUGGCUGACCGCUUUGGGGCCAAAAGGCUACUUGGCGCAGGCAUCCUGGUGACCUCGCUGCUCACCCUUCUCACACCGUUCGCUGCACACAUCAGUCCAGUGACUCUGAUGGUGCUGCGCUUUGGUGAGGGCAUCUCUGAGGGUGUGGUGUUUCCCUCAUCCCUGGCAUUGCUGUCGCACUGGUCACCGGCGCACGAGCGGAGUCGGCUGGUGAGCCUGAACACGGUCGGCACCGCGGUGGGAACCGUGAUCACGCUGCCGCUCACCGCCCAGCUCUGUGCGAGUACCUGGGGCUGGCCCGGCAUUUUCUACCUCCUUGGUGUGCUUGGCUGUGUGUGGUUCAUGCUGUGGAUGUGCCUGGUGUAUGAGUGGCCCGAGAUGCACCCAGGCAUCUCCAAUCGUGAGCUGCAACAUAUACAACGCUACCGGGGCAGCUCCUGCGCAGCUCAGCAGCCGCAUGGAGUGCCAUGGGGCCGCCUUCUGCGGUCGCGGAGUGUCUGGGCCCUGGGUGUGACCAUGUUCUGUGGCAACUGGGGCUUCUACCUGCUGCUCAUAGAUCUGCCAAACUACCUUCGGGGAGUCCUGCACAGGCCCAUCGGAAGCAAUGGCUAUGAGAAUGCAACUGUGCACAUAGCUGGUGCUGUGAGCAUGUUGCUGUGUGCGCCCAUAGCCGACAUGCUUCGCAAGCGCCAGAUGCUCUCUGUCACCGUUAUUCGCAAGCUGUUCCAGACCAUUGGCUUGCUGGGCCCAGCACUGUGCCUCUCGCUGGUUCCCCUGGUAGGCUGCGACGCUAGAGCGGCAAUCGUGUGCCUGGUCUCCGGCAUGGCCCUGUACGGGUUCACGGUCGGAGGACAGAGCCCACUAGCCCUAGACAUUGCGCCAGACUUUGCAGGCACAGUGAUGGGCAUUGUGAAUUGCAUGGGCAACCUUUCGGGCAUGCUGGCACCCCUGGUGACUGGCUACAUCAUCGAGCACGACGAAAGCCUGGCACAGUGGCGCAAGUUGUUCCUACUGGCGUCAGCCAUCUACACUUUUGGUGCGGUGAUCUUCGUACUUUUUGGCUCCGCCAAAGUGGAAGAGUGGGGGGUGGCACCCACCAAGAAGAACAGCCUGAUGAGCUUCCCGCACCCGGAGUCUGACUCGGAAGAAGACCCCGAGGACUUUCACGCCGUGGCUGCCGAGAUGCACCUAAUGUGAUCGCACCCUGUGAUGCCCGUUGCCACGUGCAAGUCAUCCUCGCAUUUGUUGUUACGGACCUGUGAAGCCCUGCAACACACUUAUAGUCAGCGUGUGAAGGCCUUCUGUGAUGCGCCAAUGCGAUGACACACACCUGUCAAUCCGAAUUCUCUCUGUGCCGCAAAAGUUCUCAAGAACACUGCAGAAACUGUGCUCGGUCUUGCUUGUUAACUGCAGUUGACCAGCCGGGUAGACAUGUCGUAUUGCAACAUUAAGCUUUCAAUCAGGGUAUGCGACAGGUCGAGUGGGGGGAACUAAAAAUUUCCUCAUGUGGCUCUCAGCAUGCCGACAUGUCCACUGUCUGGUUGGCUGGCAGUGCAUCACCGGCAGAUUUGGUUCCUCUACUGUCGUGCACACCAGCGUCACACCGCACAUCUCGUCAGUCAAGGUGUUUCAUUGUACAUUCCACCUAAUCUUUUUUUAAAAAUUUUUUUUCUCACAGUGAUCUAGUAACAAUUUCAUGUUGGUUUAGAAGUGACAUAGAAAGAAAACUGCCCGUUCUUAGCAUUUUAACUAGGUAGCAGAGUACUCUCUGAUGACUCCUUAGAAAUGCUGUAGAUCCUGAAUCAUAGUUAUUUGGUUACUUGGCAGUGUGAAACACGAACUUGCAAUAAUGUGCUUGCUUGUCAAGGCAAGUGUAACAUGGGGAAGGUUCCUUAAACCACCGACUUAUCUUGCUCCAAGAAAAUCUCCAAGAAAGUCAAAGCAUUUGCUGUGCUCUGUCCUCCUAGUAGUAUCACAUUCUGCGGUUUGGGACCACAAAUUGUUGCAGAAAAUGUGAGCCCUGAAACACAGAAGGUUGUUGAGCUUCCAGCAUAUGUGGCAUUACGAGUUUUAUCAGUUGAGCGCAUUCUUGUCUGGGUUUGCACAAACACUGAACAGAGAGUUGGAAGAAGUGAAUUCCUGGUCAGACUUGGAUGUGUUUAUAUCACUAAAGCCUUGCAAUUAUUAUUAUUUUUAUUUAUUAUUUUAUAGCGACAACAGUCAACUAAAAUAUGGUGCUUUCAAAUGUCCAGUACUUCUAUUGUUGUUGAUUGUUGUUGCCCGGUGCUUAGCUCAAAUUCACGGAUUCUCAUGUCACGUAGCAUAGAAGAUGUGCGCGGCAUGAAAAUGUAGCUCGAAUGUAAGACAAUGUUUGCGCCUCUUCUGAAAGAGUCUUUCAUAAGGCUCAAGAACAGUCAAGCUUGGACUGUUCUUCAACUGUUGUGCAUACCGGUGAACGUGCAGUUGACGUUUUAUUCCCCAAGGUAUUCAACGUAUAUAAGUCAGAGAUUUAUUUUCAUUUUAGGCUGUUAAGGUGUUCAGAGCACUGCAAGCUCGUUAGGUUGUUUUUACACAGAUGUACAUUCCUCUCGUUGCGGAUUUUUAAAUUAAAACUUACCAAUUGUCAACGACACCAAAAGCUGUCUGUUUCUUUUUUUAUUGUGACAUUUAUCACUGUAGUUUUUUUUUUAUUUAUUGCGAUACUGCUGACCUUAAGAAGAAGUGGAUUGCAGGUCGGUACGAACAAGACAAUGCAGCGAUAUGCGUAUGUGGAUCUCAACAAAAAAUCAUUUCGCAAAUACAUAAACAAAAAUGCUGCAGCUGAGCAUCGAGACAAACAUUGAAUCAAAAUAAUAAAAAGAAAAAAACAAUGUACAAUAAAUGUGCAAAUCGAUGCAGCAGUAUGCUUAUUUAAUGCAAUCACUUGUUAUUCUUUGAAUCUGUUUAAAUCCUUGUUUAGUACAUUGGGGCAUGACUGCUGAUUGCCAGAGAUUAUUUUCGACAAGUUCUCCAGUGACCUGCUCAAGCUAGUAAUAAAAAUAAAAAUUUUUCAUGACCUGAG